CACAGUGGAAGGAGGCUGGAGCAGUUCUUCUAUCCCACUGCCUUUGCCACCGCUGCACAUCUUAUCCUUUACAGAGUUUAAGCUUCUUCCUCUCCCCACCACCACCUAGUCAGCAUACUCACCGUCUCUUUCCAAGCCAUUUAUAUCAUGAACCUGUGCUAGGGAGGUGAAAUCGAGCUCCCAGGAGUGGACGAGGCGGUACUUUGUUACUAAGAGACAGAAAGAAAGUGAGGCAGAGAUACCAAGCAUGGCUCAGGCCUCUCAGGAACAAGGGGCAGUGGGCAUUGCCGACCCAGAUGAGGAUUCUCCCAACAUGAUCGUUUACAGGAAGAUUGAGGAUAUCAUCACACGCCUCCAAGAUGAGACUGAAGGUGUGCCUGUCAGAACGGUCAAGAGCUUCCUGUCCAAGAUUCCCAGUGUUGUUACAGGUUCAGACAUUGUUCAGUGGUUGAUGAAGAACCUCAACAUAGAUGAUCCUGUGGAGGCCAUACACAUUGGCAGCCUGAUCGCUGCUCAAGGCUACAUCUUCCCAAUCUCUGAUCAUGUUCUCACCCUUAAGGAUGAUGGCACGUUUUACCGCUUUCAGGCUCCAUACUUUUGGCCAUCUAAUUGCUGGGAGCCAGAAAACACAGACUAUGCCAUCUAUCUGUGCAAGCGAACCAUGCAGAACAAGACCCGGCUGGAGCUGGCAGACUAUGAGGCAGAGAAUCUAGCAAGGCUACAGAGGGCUUUUGCCAGGAAGUGGGAGUUCAUCUUCAUGCAGGCUGAGGCACAGGUCAAGAUCGACAGGAAAAAAGACAAGACGGAUAGAAAGAUUCUGGACAGUCAGGAGAGAGCCUUCUGGGAUGUUCAUCGACCUGUGCCAGGGUGUGUCAGCACCACAGAGAUGGACAUCAGGAAGUGUCGCCGCCUGAAGAAUCCUCAAAGAGUGAAAAAGUCAGUGUAUGGUGUAGUGGAUGACACACAGACGCAGAGUCCUGUACACACACCCUUACAACAGAGCAACAAGGACACCAAAGAGGGCGUAGAGAAAGAAAUUCUCUUCUUAAACACUCAGUUGGAUCGACACUGUAUGAAAAUGUCCAAAGUAGCUGAGACGUUGAUGACCUACACAGAGCAAUAUCUUGACUACGACCCCUUCGUGUCAGUACCAGAGCCAUCCAAUCCCUGGAUCGGCGAUGACAUCACUUUCUGGGAGCUAGAGGAUAGUAAGGACCCGAGUCAACAGCGAGUAAAGAAGUGGGCUUUCUCAUUGGAUGAGGCUUUAAAGGAUCCAGUGGGCCGUGAGCAGUUCCUUAAAUUCUUGGAGUCUGAAUUCAGCUCUGAGAACCUCCUGUUCUGGUUGGCUGUGCAAGAUCUGAAGUCCCGCCCCCUGCAGGAGGUGGUAGCUCGGGCUCAGGAGAUCUGGGAAGAGUUUCUUGCUGAGGGAGCUCCCAAUGCCAUCAAUCUGGACUCACAUAGCUAUGAGCGCACCAGUCAGAACCUAAAAGACCCUGGCCGCUAUAGCUUUGAAGACGCCCAGGACCACAUCUACAAGCUGAUGAAGAGUGACAGCUACCCUCGUUUUCUGCGCUCCAAUGCUUACCAGGACCUCCUGUUGGCCAAAAAGAAGCCUGAGACUGACCAAGGCCGCCGCACCUCCCUGGAGAAAUUCACUCGCAGUGUGGGCAAGUCUCUGACAAGUAAACGACUGACGGGCCUCAUGCAGUCCUCCUGACGAGUCCUGGCUUUUAAGAAGUCAAGGUCCCUCCAAAGAAACUGCAGUUUGUUGGGGUGGAAGCAUUGUUGCUAUGGGCCAUGUGUAUGGACCAGCCUCUCUCCAAAACCCAUCCAAACAUUGCACAGCUACCGACUCUAGAUGGCAGCAUGCAAUAAGUCCAAAACAUUUUUCAAACUGUGACAGUGUUGUCUGUGUUAAUUAAAUCAGUACCAGAAUGACUGCAUACAUGAAUGUCAGAUUUCUCAGUACCAUCUAGAGCAACAUAAGUUUAUUUGAUAUAUAUACACAGACUGCGGCAAAGACAGGACACCAACUCAGCCCUUUCAUUAUCAGUUUUGAAAACAUGAUGUGUCAUGGUCAGGGAUGCAGUAGUCAAUGUCAAGGACAUGUCAACAGGAAGCAUUGGAAGAAGAGAGGAUGUGUCUCAAAUCUUCAGAGCAUUCCAAAGGAGUUUUCAAUGGAGAAAAUGAUAAAGGGCUUGCAGUGUGGGUUUUCCCUCAGUUAAGGUUUGCACAGAACAUUUCAUACACUCUCGUCACGUAUUUUUUGUGAAAUGGUGGUUGAAUAUGAAGUGUGAAUGUUGGAGUGAAGGGUUUCCACACAGCUCUGUGUUAUUUUAAUACUUUAAUAAUUUCCUGCCAUUUUGGAGACUGUACUCUGUGUCUACAGGCCAUGUUGUAUUCGACUAUUAGCACAUGAUGUAGUACUUCUAACAGAGAUGUGAGCGACAAGGAGAGAUGGCUUUUAGACUUUUUAGAUUUAUUGAGGAAUUAAAGAAGUAGACACAUGCUCACAGAUUUUCAACCAGGACAAUCAAGUAUAUCAGUAUUUCAGGAUGAUUCAUAUAGUGCACAGAAUAUUCCUUUGCACAAAGAUUGCACCAAUUGAAAUACACUGGAUGCCAGAGAUAUAUACUAUAUUGCCAAAAGUAUUCGCUCACCCAUCCAAAUUAAUUGAAUUCAGGUGUUCCAAUCACUUCCAUGGCCACAGGUGUAUAAAAUGAAGCACCUAGGCAUGCAGACUGCUUCUACAAACAUUUGUGAAAGAAUGGGCCGCUCUCAGGAGCUCAGUGAAUUCCAGCAUGGUACUGUGAUAGGAUGCCACCUGUGCAACAAGUCCAGUCGUGAAAUUUCCUCGCUACUAAAUAUUCCACAGUCAACUGUCAGUGGUAUUAUAACAAAGUGGAAGCGAUUGGGAAUGACAACAACUCAGCCACGAAGUGGUAGGCCACGCAUAGUGCGCAGAGGUCGCCAACUUUCUGCUGAGUCAAUCGCUACAGACCUCCAAAGUUCAUGUGGCCUUCAGAUUAGCUCAAGAAUAGUGCGUAGAGAGCUUCAUGGAAUGGGUUUCCAUGGCCGAGCAGCUGCAUCCAAGCCAUACAUCACCAAGUGCAAUGCAAAGCGUCGGAUGCAGUGGUGUAAAGCACACCGCCACUGGACUCUAGAGUAGUGGAGACGCGUUCUCUGGAGUGACGAAUCACGCUUCUCCAUCUGGCAAUCUGAUGGACGAGUCUGGGUUUGGUGGUUGCCAGGAGAACGGUACUUGUCUGACUGCAUUGUGCCAACUGUGAAGUUUGGUGGAGGGGGGAUUAUGGUGUGGGGUUGUUUUUCAGGAGCUGGGCUUGGCCCCUUAGUUCCAGUGAAAGGAACUCUGAAUGCUUCAGCAUACCAAGAGAUUUUGGACUAUUCCAUGCUCCCAACUUUGUGGGAACAGUUUGGGGAUGGCCCCUUCUUGUUCCAACAUGACCACGCACCAGUGCACAAAGCAAGGUCCAUAGAGACAUGGAUGAGCGAGUUUGGUGUGGAAGAACUUGACUGGCCUGCACACAGUCCUGACCUCAACCCGAUAGAGCACCUUUGGGAUGAAUUAGAGCGAAGACUGCGAGCCAGGCCUUCUCGUCCAACAUCAGUGUCUGACCUCACAAAUGCGCUUCUGGAAGAAUGGUCAAAAAUUCCCAUAAACACACUCCUAAACCUUGUGGAAAGCCUUCCCAGAAGAGUUGAAGCUGUUAUAGCUGCAAAGGGUGGGCCGACGUCAUAUUAAACCCUAUGGAUUAAGAAUGGGAUGUCACUUAAGUUCAUAUGCAUCUAAAGGCAGAUGAGCGAAUACUUUUGGCAAUAUAGUGUACAUUUAAUGCAUUUGGCAGAUGCUUAUAUCCAGAGUGACUUUCUGUGCAUUGAAGCUAUACAGUUGAUCAGUAUGUGUUGCCUUGGAUUCGAACCCACAACCUUGGCCUUGCUAAUGCUAGUCAGUGUGUUUCCUGAACAGCUUUAUUGCAAAUGUUUGACCAAACAUACAAUUAUCCACCGAAAAUUCUCAUUAUGUAUUUUUCAAACCAACACAUACAGCAGGUCGUUUUUUUUUUGUUUGUUUUUUUUUUUUGUCUUGCUUGCCUGUUUUAAAUAUUGCUAUUGUAACAACUUUGAAUGUAAGUGCCUAGUUGCUUAGCGUCAGUGUGGUGAUUACUGUGUUGAUGAUAAUGAUGAUGGAUGAUCAUGACGAUGAUUGGUCCUUUCAUCACAGCACCUUCACUCAUAGCAUAUGAGUGGACAACAGUUUUCGCAGGACUCUCAUCGAUGUGAAAGGUGUUUUCUCACUGCAGGACAUUCUGAAGAAAGCACAUAUUCACCAAACAACCCGCUUCAACACCUCAGCUGGACUUUCUCCAUUGCUUACAUCAUUUCCUAAAGCACCAUCACUGCCAGAGAUACACAGCUAUCCUAGGCACACAAAUUUCUUCAAACAAAAUGGCAGAACAGAAAAGUCUGCAGUUGCUCUGGCAUGUCCCCUCUACAUAUUUUCAGGUAGAAAUGGUUUGUUGAGUCGUAACUGUGUGUUAGGUUGAAAUGGAAUGUAUAGACUCUGUAGCAAUUCUGGAUAUGGAAGAUGCUGUGUAGAAUAUUGAACAUUGAUUAUAACUUAGAGGCACAAGUGCCAUAUUCAGCACAAAACUAUGCAUGGAAUAUUUCUAAAGAGUUUUACUGCUUUUAGUUUUUUUUUUUUUUUUUUUUUUUUUCAAAGAUGAUGAUCAGUAGGUCAGCAUAAUGGAAAGGAGGACCUGAGGUCCUGAAUCACUCAAUAAAUGUUCAGUUUGGAGAGCUCUGGAAAUGCUUUUCAGUCUUUUACAUGGUGUUUGUUCUACUGUAUGUAAAUUUACCUUAAACUCUGCAUCAGAAAGCAAUAAAGUAUUGCAUUUACAAAAUGGCAGCAACAGCACAAUGAUAACCCU